UUUUUCUUUUAAGAUUUCACCUUCUUGAAAAAAAAGGAAUCCUUUUUAGUGUUUGUUGGAAAGAUUUAAUAGCCGAUUCUUUCCCCUGAAGAAGGAAGCCACUCGGAGAGUUGUGAAUUUAACCAUCAUAAGAUUUUCUUUUUCUGGGUUUUCAGCGAAGAAGAUUUAUAAGCAAAGAGAUAGAAGAAAGACCCAGAUCUUAAAAAGGCGUCGUUUCGAUGGGUUGCUUGAUCAGAACUGACAAAGGGAUGUUUUUUUCGAUGGAGCAAGGAUAAUAUGAUGGAUGCUUUAAUGGAUAUAUAAAAGGGAGGUAGUUUUAUUGUUUUUGUAGCCUUGCUGUUUUGAUGGGAAAAGUGGUAUUAGGGGUGGCAGUAGGGGUGGCUGUGGCGGCGUGUGCGGUGGCGGCGUUGGUGGUUGGGAGGAGAGUAAGGAGUAGGAAGAAGUGGAAGAGAGUUGUUGGGGUUUUGAAAGAGUUGGAAGAGAGUUGUGAGACCACAGUUGGGAGAUUAAGGCAAGUAGUGGAUGCUAUGGCUGUUGAGAUGCAUGCUGGUUUAGCUUCCGAAGGAGGAUCCAAACUCAAAAUGUUGCUCACUUUUGUUGAUAAUCUACCUUCUGGGAGUGAGAAAGGAAAUUUUUAUGCUCUAGAUCUUGGAGGUACUAAUUUUAGGGUCUUACGGGUUGAACUAGGAGGUCAAAGAUCCAAUUUGGAUCCAGAUGUGGAGCAACAGCCCAUUCCUGAGCAGUUGAUGACGGGAAGAAGUGAGGAUCUUUUUGAUUUUAUAGCUUCAUCGUUGCAUCGGUUUGUUGGAAAAGGAAAUGAUUCUAUGCAAUCUUCAAUUACGAAAGAACUUGGAUUUACAUUCUCUUUUCCGGUGAAACAAACAUCUGUUUCAUCAGGGGUCUUAAUCAAAUGGACAAAAGCAUUUGCAAUCAAAGACAUGGUUGGAAAAGAGGUUGCUGGAGCUUUACAGCAAGCACUUGUCAGGAAAGGUUUGAAUAUGCGAGUUGCGGUGCUGCAGGUGAAUGAUACUGUUGGAACAUUAGCUCUUGGACGUUAUCAUGAUGCGGACACUGUUGCUGCAGUGAUAAUCGGAACAGGUACAAAUGCCUGCUAUUGGGAGCGGACUGAUGCUAUUAUUAAGUGCCAAGGACUGCUUACAACUUCCAGUGGCAUGGUUGUCAAUAUGGAAUGGGGAAAUUUUUGGUCGUCUCAUUUGCCAAGAACUUCAUAUGAUAUCGAAUUAGAUGCCGAGAGUCCAAAUCCGAAUGAUCAGGGUUUUGAGAAAAUGAUAUCAGGCAUGUAUCUUGGCGAUAUUGUUCGGAGAGUGAUUCUAAGGAUGUCAGAAGAGUCGGAUAUUUUUGGACCGGUUUCUGCCCGAUUAUAUGUGCCCUUUGCCUUAAGGACGCCUGCAAUGGCUGCAAUGCAUGAGGAUGACUCCCCUGAAUUGACGGAAGUGGCAAGAAUCUUGAACAAUAUUCUUGAUAUUCCUGAUGUUCCCCGGAAGGCUAGGAAGCUUGUCGUGAAGAUAUGCGAUGUGGUAACCCGUAGGGCUGCUCGAUUGGUGGCUGCAGGCAUCGUUGGGAUUUUGAAAAAGAUUGGUCGCGACGGUAGCAGUGGCAUCUCAGGUGGAAGUAGAAGCGAUAUCAAGAUGAGAAGAACGGCAGUGGCGGUCGAGGGAAGUUUAUACACUCAAUACACAACGUUUAGGGAGUACUUGCACGAAGCCUUGCAUGAAAUAUUGGGGGAAGUUAUCGCGCGGCACGUCGUGAUCAACGUCACGGAAGACGGGUCAGGGACCGGUGCAGCUCUCCUUGCUGCCUCACAUUCAUCGUCAGGAAGUGCGGAUAACAUACAGUUGGCAUAAAUAUAUGUUACUUGGUAUACAUAUAUAGCCCUGUAAAUGUAAAAAUCAAUUCCAUAUUUUUCAUUAUAAAUAUAAAAGGAAAGGUUUGUUCACC